AUGGAGGCACAAUAUAACCGCCAUCACGGAGCCAAAGAGAAACAAUUCAACAUUGGAGACUUCGUGUGGGCUAAGGACUAUCGUUCCGGAUGGCCAAAGCAUACGCCAGGUCAAGUACUACAACGACAUGAAGACAGACUCUACGACAUAGCAGUAAAUGGAGAAAUCUGGAAGAGACAUGCUAAUCAGCUACGCUUACGUGUGAUGAACACACCACCGUACCAACAACAGAAUUCGCUGAGCUACAGCUGCUGCCAAUGUCAGCGUCAGCCAAUGUUACAGGAGAAAGAGAGACAAAACAAUCUACCAUUGCGGGCGGACCGAAAUUCACAUCAGCAAUGGACAGUAUCACAAGAACGACUCCUUUUGAGACUCAAGGAAUUGAUGGACAACGCCAACCAUAUCACGACGCGCACCGAAGCGAUUGAUGGUCGAUCCCAAGAAGGAGACGUACGCUUAGAACGUCCAUCUUAA